UAUGGCAACGGGCAGCUGGCCCCCGGAAACAGCUCUACGAACCUGCCUUUACUUCGGCAACCCUCGGCUAUUUCCGUACAGCGAACAGCUCCGGGCCAGGUGCCUGUGCUAUGAUUGGAUGAGCUGUCAGUGGCCGGAUGUCAGGCUCCUCCCCGGUGAUUGCCGAGCGCUUCCGAGGCAAAGAAGUCUCAUGAUGUCUGUGGCUGAGGGCGCAGCAUCCAUGUCGGGGGCCCCAAGCGGAACCGGGGGCUCCUCACACAGCCCGGAGCCACGGCCAGCAGAGGCUCCUGACGGAGGACGAGAUGCGAGCGAGAGGGACCCGGCUGCGUGUUCCCCGGAUCAAAGCCAGAGCGUGGACCCUGCCCGGUCUCCCGGUUCUGAAGUCCUGCCGGCUGAAGACCCCUUAACAUGUUCCGUGACGGAUCAGACCGAGGAGCCCACGCUGCCCCCGACGGGCGAGCAGGAGGAGCCCGCCCCCUCGGAGCCCGCCCCCUCGGAGCCCGCCCCCUCGGAGCCCGCCCCGCUCGAUGUGCUCAUGAUCCAGUCUGAAUACAUGGGCUCUGUGAACGUUCUGAAAGUGGAGAGGAGUGUGAGUGGCUCGGAGAAGGGCCGAGCUCCGCCUCCUCCACUAGCCCCACCCACCACCUGGACGAGCGCCAACGUGCGGGAGUUUAAGGCCCGCAUGGCAAGCGAGAAGCACGGGCAGCUGGUUGUCCGCAGGGGCGAGGUGGUCACGGUCAGAGUGCCCACCCACCCAGAGGGCAAACGGCUCUGCUGGGAGUUCGCCACGGACGAUUAUGACAUCGGCUUCGGGAUUUACUUCGAUUGGACGCCGGUGACCAGCACGGCCGUGACGCUUCAGGUCAGCGAGUCGAGCGACGAGGAGGAAGAGGAUGAGACGGAGAGUCCCUGGCACAGCCGGGAGGGCGACGUGGAGCGUGGCUCCGUGUACCGGUUGCGUAGCCGGUACGGUGAAAUCCUGGCGGUUUACCGCAGAGACAGUCAUCGCGAGGUGCAGGCGGGGAGCCACGAGUACCCCGGCGAGGGGGUAUAUCUGCUAAAGCUGGACAAUUCCUACUCGCUCCUGCGCAACAAGACUUUGUAUUUCCACGUUUACUACAGCAGCUGAGGGCCGCUGGGGGCCGGGGCUGGACCGGUGGACUGGAGCGUGGCGUGUGCGAGCCCGUGUGCGUGUUAGGCGUGUGUGCAUUAUGUGCGUGUUGUGUGCUUGUUAUGCUUCCUGCUUU